GGGCGCCGGUCUUCAGCGGUGCCUAGCUUGCGGGCCAGCGACUUGGCCAGGCGGUUGCGGUUACUGCCGCUGCCCGGCUGAGGUGCCCGGAUGACCGUCUCGCUGCCCAUGUGUGUGCCGGCUCCGUCGCCGGGUGGCAGCGAGACCACAGCGAACAGAAACAGAUUGUGGAAUGCUCUGAUCAGGUCGCCGCGCGGCUACCAGCUUGUCGUGAGACCGCAGUUCGGCGUACUGAUUCAUCAGCGCCUGCAUCUGGUACAGCCGCUGGCACACCAAGGUGCGGGCUACCAGCAUUACCUCGGCCAGUCGUGUUCCCGCCAGCUGCACAAACCCCGGGAACCGUCGCUGCCACACCGACUCGUCACGCGUGGCAGAGCUACCUGCCAGACGCCCGAGCGGCUUCAGCCCGGCUCCUCCAGCUCCUCCCGGUCCGUGUCGUCCGAGCCGAAUGGCACUUCCCACUCGUCGUCCAGCAUGGCAGACUCGGAGCCACGCGUCACCGGCCCAUUCAACACGUCAUAUGCUGACUCGGCUGUCUUGAAUACCCACUGUCCGCCAACCGGCUCCGGCUCGCCAGCUGCAAACAGCCUGCGCAGCAGCCCCACGCGGCACAAUACUGAGACAGCCGCGUGCCGCACACGAGCGUUGCUAGAGCAUAGCAGUGCAAUACCAUUGGCCUCGACAGCAUUGACCAGGCGGCCCCACUCGGCCAAAUCCCGCCCACCGACGGCUGUCGUCUGCCCGUCGCUAGGUUCGGCGACGCGGUCCCGUAGUGCUGCCUCCAGGAGGCCGAGGAGAUCGAGGAACACGUGCAGGAAGCCGCCGUUCAGGUCGCGCGUCUCGCCUACUUUGCCGAGCUGCACCUUGGCGUCCAAUGCCCUGGCCACUGCGUCCAUGCUGCUGGUCAUCAUCGUCAUCAGUCAUUGUUGUCCUUUUCAGCAUACGACUCAUCAUCGCUGCCUGUCGUCUGCUCGCCUGUCGCCUGCGCAUCGACGCUGCUGGUGGUGCUGAGGCUGGCAAUGUGUGCGACUCGCCGCCCGCCAGCCAGAUCGUACGGCCAUUUGGCGUCCGACAGUGGAUCGUCUGCCCGCGUAAACGAGACCGUCGCGCGUGGGUCGCGCGCAU